AUGGCCUCGACAUGCAUAGGUGAUUGUCUAAACAUCAAAAGUGACGUGGAUUGCGUUCGGCCGGGAACGACUUACGCCACCCUUUACAAGUGGCCGGAGGCCGAGGUAGAGUUCGUACGGUCAAUCAGCCGCGGCGGUAGCCAGAGCCGACGAUCCUCGGUGGCGGUGGAUAGCAUAUACUGUAGGCAAAUGUAUCUUAGGAGCUAUACUUUUUCAGUGAAAGAAGAUAAUAAAGAUGCAAGAGAAGACCAAGAUGGUAAUGACGUAGGUGACACAAGAAACGAACGUAAAUGUUCUAAAGGAAGAGAAGAUCAAGAUGGUAAUGAAGCUGGUGACAGAAGAAACGAACGGAGUUGUUCUGGAGGAAGAGAAAGGAAGAGGGCGGUGAAGAACAGUAGGAGGACGAGUAAAACGAUGCCGCAUAGGGCGUUUGUGGAAAGACUCAUAUGGAAAUGUUUCUCUUGUGUUUUCUCAACUAAGGUUAAUGUUGAAUAA